AUGCGUGCUCGAAUGGCUCCUUCGAGCUCCUCUGCAACUCAAUCCAAUCAUGUAACAGUCAAUCCAGUGGAUACCUACAACAUCCACCUUGCGGUGACUGGUACCUGCGAUAAAUACCCAGCUAAACAGCACGCUCGCAAAGUCGCCCAACGACUCGGCGCUUCGAAUGGGUUGAUCUUUCUCGCGGGUCAGCCCACGAUAAAUUGGCGCGAUUCGGAUCAAGGGCGCCCAUUUCGACAGCGACGAUACUUCUAUUAUCUUAGUGGAGUGGACGAGGCCGACUGCUUCUUAACCUACGAUAUCGAAUCGGACCUAUUGACGCUCUACGUACCGGAUUUUGACCUCCACCGUGCCAUUUGGAUGGGACCGACCCUUUCGCGAGAAGAAGCUCAAGAUAAAUACGAUGUGGAUCGCGUCCGGUACCAUGCAUCGCUCCAGGAGGGACUACAAUCGUGGCUAGGCAGGCGGUCCUCGGAUAGCUCGCUCUACCUGAUCCAUGAAUCAGAGAAACCCGAAUAUCUUCCGGCCGAUCUCCCAGUCGACCUCGAAAAACUCAGGCCUGCUAUGAACGCAGCCCGCGGGGUGAAGGAUGAGUACGAGAUUCGAAUGAUCCGUCAGGCGAACAAUAUCUCGGGGCUUGCCCACCGAAAGGUCUUGGAGCGUAUCCGGACCAUGUCGAAUGAGUCAGAAAUUGAAGGGCUAUUUCUGGACACCUGUGUUUCGCAUGGUGCGCGAAACCAGGCGUAUGAGAUCAUUGCGCCGUCCGGACCCAAUGCGGCCGUUCUGCACUACGUCCGGAAUAAUGAAUCUCUGCACAAAAAACCUCUUGUGCUGCUUGAUGCCGGCGCCGAGUGGAACUGCUACGCCAGUGACAUUACGCGGACGUUCCCCUUGACUGGCGACUGGUCCAACCCUUAUGUUCGAGAUAUUUACCAAUUGGUGGAACGAAUGCAGGAAGAAUGCAUCAGGCUGAUCCGGCGAGGUACUCGCUUCCUGUCCCUGCAUGACUUGGCCCACGAGAUCGCAAUUGACGGUCUUCUGGCCCUUGGCGUACUCAAGGCCGGCACGGUCGCCGAGAUUCGCCGGUCUGGUGUUUCCAAGGUCUUCUUCCCACACGGCCUGGGCCACCAUGUCGGACUCGAGGUCCAUGAUGUGUCGGAAUCCUCCAUCAUGGCCAUGCAUCCAUUCUUCGAUCAUGGACAUUAUGCCCCGGUCGUGAACUCCAGCACCUGCCUUUCACCCUGUACACUGUCGGCUCCGCUUCUGGAAGAGGGGAUGGUGAUCACAGUCGAGCCCGGGAUCUAUUUCUCGUUCCUGGCUCUGCAAAGUGCGCGCAAGCAGGAGUAUGCGCAAUUUAUUGAUUUUGAUGUUGCAGAGAAGUAUAUCCCCAUUGGCGGAGUGCGCAUCGAGGAUGAUAUCCUGGUGACUGCCACCGGCAACGAGAAUCUCACCACUGCGCCGAAGGGGGAGGAAAUGCUGGCGCUUAUCCGAGGGUCUUGGUAG